GAAGCCCUGCCGCGGUCGUAAUGACGUGGACUAUCGUAGUCGAUUGCUGGUUCCCAGGCGUUCGGAACGGCUGUUACCAAGCGAGCAAGAAGCCUCUCUGGUAGCCUCCCAAGUGGCCUGGUUAACAUCCCCCUCCAUUGAAGAACACUACCUCUUUUAGAAGAGUCUAACAACGACGACGAUUUGUCCUUUUUUUCAAUAUCUCCUCCUCCACCACAACGACGUAUGCUGGACCACACACUUGACCACCACUUCAAAGGCCAUGAGGAGGCGGUGACCCUGUGGAGGACAGAUUGACAGGAGUCUGGGAGGGGGGAGGAAGAAUGGGCCGGAGCAUCGGGGGCUCCUGGCAAGGCGUCGUCUCCACUGCAGUGCUCUACGGCUCUUUGGCCCUCUUCACCUCCGUCCUUCACAAUGUCUUCCUGCUGUACUACGUGGAGACCUUUGUGUCCGUCUACAAGAUUGACAAAGUCUCCUUUUGGGUGGGAGAGACGGUGUUCCUGCUCUGGAACAGUUUCAAUGAUCCUCUCUUCGGUUGGCUGAGUGAUCGCGCCUUCCUCAGCUCUCCUCAGACCGGCUCCCAGGUCACAUCUCCAGAAGUGGUCCUGAAGCGGCUCAAUGCGCUCUCUGCCAAUGGGCCGCUCUUCGCCCUUUCCUUCCUGGCCUUCUGGGUGGCGUGGGCCAGGCCGGGCCUGCAGUUCCUGCUAUGCCUGUGCCUGUACGACGGCUUCCUCACCAUGGUGGACCUCCACCACAGCGCCCUGCUGGCUGACCUGGCUGUGUCCGCCACUGACCGCACGCGCCUCAACUUCCACUGCUCGGUGUUCAGCGCCCUGGGCUCGCUCUCUGUCUUCCUGUCCUACUCCUUCUGGGACAAGGAGGACUUUUACGCCUUCCGCCUCUUCUGCCUGACUCUGGCCGCCUUCUCCAUCUUGGGCUUCUUCCUUGUCUCCCGGUUGCUACGGCGGCGCUUUGAGAAGGAAGUUCGUCCAAGACAGGAUGAGGCACUGGCGCUCAAAGAGCUGUGUGUUGGCCACGCCCCACUCACCUCCCCAGAGCGCCCCGUCACCAUCAGGCAGUACCUCAAACAGCUCUCCAAGCACAAGAACUUCAUGUGGUUUGUGUCCAUGAACCUCAUUCAGGUGUUUCACUGCCACUUCAACAACAACUUCUUCCCCCUUUUCCUGGAGCACCUCCUGUCAGACAACAUCUCCGCCUCCACGGGCUCCAUCCUCCUUGGGAUCUCCUACGUGGCCCCCCACCUCAACAACUUGUACUUCCUGAGCCUGUGCCAUCGCCACGGCGUCUACCGGGUCAUCCGCUGGCUUUUUCUGCUCAAACUGGGACUGAGCGUGGCCAUGCUGCUGGCGGGGGCCGACCACGUCUUUUUGCUGUGCAUCUUCAUCGCCAGUAACCGGGUCUUCACGGAGGGAACGUGCAAGCUGCUGAAGCUGGUCAUCUCCGACCUGGUGGACGAGGACUUCGUGGUGAACCGGCGGCAGCAGGCGGCGUCGGCGCUGCUCUUCGGGAUGGUGGCCCUGUUGACCAAGCCCGGGCAGACGUUUGCGCCGCUCAUCGGCACGUGGCUGCUGUGCGCCUACACAGGCUAUGAUAUUUUCCAAAGGGAACCCGUGAAGGACAUUCCGGGGCUGGAUGCCGCCCCGGGCUCAGGGACCCAGCCUCUGCGUCUGGGCUGCUUUCACAUGCUGGUGUUUGUGCCCAUCACAUGCGCGCUGCUGCAGCUGGCCGUCUGGUCUCGCUUCACGCUGCACGGACGCAAGCUGCAAGGCAUCAAGAGCUCCAGGCAAGGCGCCCAACACAGCAGCCUGGUGGACGUCAAGGCCAUAUGAAGUGGAAGGAGCCAAGCUGCACACAGACACUCUUCCCCCCACUUUUAUAAAGAUGAAUGAAGUCGUCACACAGCAGCUAGCUUUGUGGACAAGGAUGUAGGAACCACAGCACAGUCUCUGGCUCUGUUGGGUAUAACUUCAAUUCAUAUUUGAAACAAAUGAAACUUGCCUUAUUUUUUUAAUAGAGCAUCAACAUAUAUUUAUACUGUAACAGGACCGAUGAAGAUGAUCAAUCAUUUUAGAUACAGGAGGACCAAGACACUUGUUUUAACACCAUUGUCCAUAAUGAACAUCAAAGUGGUUUUAAUAUCAGGGUAAGAAGGCUGCAAAUCUUUAUUUUGUGUUAUGUUUUGUCUUCAAGUGCGUGGAAGCUGAAGGCUUGAGUGGAUUCCUGUUUACACACAUACCGUUGAACUGUUUUAGAAGUUUGUUUUUGCACAAAACUGCCGUUUUGUCUCUUGUAUUUCUUCUUGUUAUGAUGGUGAAUCGUGUCGAAGUACUGCCACAUUUUAAAUUUGUCAGCUUGACUAUCAGCUGACUUUUGUCCUUUUUCCUGUAUUCAACCAAUGUGUGCCAUUACCAAAAAUAAACU